AGGGCGGCUCCCGCAUGGGCCUGGAGGUGGGAGAGUGACUCACGCCGGCCGGUGCCCUCUCCACCCCCGCGCCCACAUGCUCGGCCCUCCCCAGCCCGGGGGCUCACCUAAUCCCCACCGUGGGAGUCGGGGGGCAUGUGCGCCCGAGCCGAGGUCUAGGGUUGCACACAGGAGCCUGCGAGUGGAAGUCUCCGUGCAGCGAGCGUCCCACGAGGCGGGCAGCGAGGUCAGCCUGGCCGCCGCUGCCUCUCCAGCCCAGACCCGGCCGGCCGCAGGCAGCCGCCGCCCCGCACCCGGGAGGGCAUGGCCGAACCAGAGGGCAGCGGGCUGCAGGUGCUGCUGCACACGCUCCAGAGCUCCUCCGACCGGGCGUCCAUCCUGAGCAUCCUCCAGGUCCUCGGUGACCUGCUGUCCGUCGGCACGGACCGGCGGAUCCGAUACAUGAUCAGCAAGGGGGGCAGCGAAGCCCUCCUGCAGACCCUGGUGGACACGGCAAGGACCGCGUCUCCGGACUACGGCGUCCUCCUGCCCCUCUUCCGGCUGCUGGCCAAGGUCGGCCUGCGAGAUAAGAAGUUUGGACAGAAGGCCCUGGAGUUGGAAGCACUCGACGUCACGUUGAUUCUCGCCAGGAAAAACCUGUCCCACAGCCUGAACCUCCUCCACUGCCUCUGGGCCCUGCGCGUGUUCGCCUCGAGCGUCACCACGGGAGCCAUGCUGGGAGUCAAUGGAGCCAUGGAACUGCUCUUCCAGGUCAUCCCCCCGUACACCAGGAGGCGUGCCCGGAUCAUCAGGGCAGCCACGGAGGUUCUGGCGGCCUUGCUGAAAUCCAAGUCUAACAGCCGCAGGGCGGUGAACAGGGGCUACGUCGCAAGCUUGCUCCGGCUGCAUCAGGACUGGCACAGCCACGACACGGCCAACAGCUACCUGCCGAUCCGCCGGGCACUUCUGCUCUGCCUCAAGCACAUUGCCACCCUCCAGUCUGGCAGGGAGGCCUUCCUGGCAGCUCAGGGCAUGGAGAUCCUCUUCAGUAGCACACAGAGCUCCCUGGAGGACAGGAGCCUGGAACCCGUCACGUCCGUGGCGCUUCAGGUCCUGAGGCAGUGCUACCCCAGGAGCCCCCUUCCCUUGGUCACGGCCAGCAGUGCCUACGCCUUCCCCGCCCCCGGGCACCACCCGUCGGAACCCCCUCGCCUUCUCGCUGAAGAGGACUUCGAAGAUGAUGGUGACGAAGAAGAGGACAGAGACUCCGAUUCUGAAGAUGCGAAAGAGGAAGCCCUGGAGCCCACACCCGGAGAUGACGUCCACCCUGACGCCAACCACCUCCACAUUCCAACCGCCGCCUCCCUGAAGCAGCGUCGCCUGGAUGAGGACCAGAGCUCCCGGGGACAGGAGAGGGAAGCUGUCCCCGAGACGUCCCUCCUGAGCAAGGCCAAGAUGGGGCGGUCCCCCGUGCACCCCGUUUCCAAAAAUGGACCUGGAACGAACCCGCACCCACACGCCCAGCCCAACGGGCUUGGGGUGGAUCCUUCCGGAAAGGAAGUCCUUGACCUUGAGACUCUCCUCCAAGAGGAUGCUUGGGACAUGGACAUGACCUCCUGUGCAAGGACAGGCGCCUCCCCUCCCAGCUCCACUCCCCCUGGGGGCACUGCGGAUGGAAUCCAUGAGCUUCUGCAGACACACCCCCAGCACGUGCCCUUUCACGACCCCUUUGUCUAUCUGGCCAAAGCCAGAGGCACCAAGUCCGUGGCUGACUUCAAGACGCCGGCGUUCCCUGACCUCUGGGGCCACUGCCCAUCGCACUCCCCGGAACCCCUGUUGGAACGCAAGCGUGGGAUCCAAAGGGUGAAGGUACUCGAGGAUAUCCGGAGGCUCCUUCAGCCCAGCGACGUGAUAGACAAAGUCGUCUUCAGUGUGGACGAGCCUUGGCAAGGCACGGCUCCCAACUGCCUGUGGUUCUCCUCCAAGUUCGAGUCCGGAAACCUGCGCAAAGCCAUCCAAGUGCGUGAGUUUGAGUACGACUUGCUGAUCAACACUGACAUCAACUGCACCCAGUACCAGCAGUGGUUCAACUUCAAGGUGCGGGGCAUGAGGGCCGCCACCCCGUACCGCUUCAACAUCAUCAACUACGAGAAGCCCAACAGCCAGUUUAACUACGGAAUGCAGCCCACCAUGUAUUCUGUGAAGGAGGCUCUUCGCGGGAGGCCCACCUGGAAGCGGACGGGCUAUGAAAUCUGCUAUUACAAGAAUCACUAUCGCGAGAGCAUGGCUGUCACAGGGGGCACGUCCAGGAAGUGCUAUUACACCCUCACCUUCUCCGUCACCUUCCCGCACCAUGGCGACGUCUGCUACCUGGCCUACCACUACCCCUACACCUACACAGCCCUCAUGACUCACCUGGACCUCCUGGAAAAAAGUGUGGACCCCAAGACGGUGUACUUCCGGCAGGAGGCGCUCUGUCGGACGCUGGGAGGCAACGCCUGCCCGCUGGUGACCGUCACCGCCAUGCCCGCCUCGGCCAGCCCGGCCCACCUGGAGCAGUUCCGGCAGCGUCCGUACCAGGUGGUCACGGCCCGCGUCCACCCGGGAGAAAGCAACGCCAGUUGGGUGAUGAAGGGGGCCUUGGAGUUCCUGGUCAGCAGUGACCCCGGGGCCCGGCUCCUGAGGGAAAACUUCAUCUUCAAGGUCAUCCCCAUGCUCAACCCCGACGGUGUCGUCAACGGCAAUCACAGAUGCUCCCUGCGGGGGGAGGACUUGAACCGGCAGUGGCUGGCGCCCAGCGCGCAGCUCCAGCCAACCAUCUACCACGCCAAGGGCCUGCUCUACUACCUGCACAGCGCCGGCCGCAGCCCCGUGGUCUUCUGUGACUUCCACGGCCACUCCCAGAAGAAGAACGUAUUUGUCUACGGUUGCAGCAUCAAGGAGACCCUGUGGCAGGCGGAGUCCGCCGUGGGCGCACCCGCUGUCUCGGAAGAUGUCAGCUACAGGACUCUUCCCAGAAUCCUGGACCAGCUCGCCCCCGCCUUCACCAUGAGCAGCUGCAGUUUCCUGGUGGAGAAAUCUCGCGCCUCCACCGCCCGGGUCGUGGUGUGGAGAGAGAUGGGGGUGGCCAGGAGCUACACCAUGGAGAGUAGCUACUGCGGCUGCAACCAGGGCCCCUACCAGGGUCUGCAGUUUGGGACCCGGGAGCUGGAGGAGAUGGGAGCCAUGUUCUGCUUGGGCCUCCUCCUGCUGGAACUCAAGUCCGCCAGCUGCAGCCGGCAGCUCCUGACCCGCGCUGCGUCCUUGCUGGACGCCCAGGACGGGGCUCUGGACCAGCAGCUGCGCAGAUGCAGCAGCGGCGGCAGCGGCACCGUGGAACUGGAUGACGAGCCCCCAUGCUUGGAGGAGAUCGACUACGGUCCCGACAGCAGCUCCGACCGGGAGGGGAGCUGCUCUGAGCUGGACCGGCAGAUCCGGGAGUGGGCCUCCCUGCAGGACCAAGAUGAGGGGGAGGAGGAGGAGGAGGAGCAGGAACAGGAGCAGGAGGAGGAGGAAGAAGGGCUGGAACUGGGAAGAAGAGACAGCCCAUAGCCCCCAGGUUCAUGGCAAGCUCCGUGACUGCAACCAUUGGAUGAGCAGCUGUGUUAUUUCUUUGCCGUCGGAUGCGCACACAAUGUGGGUGCCAAAGCCAGCCCCUGUGAGCCCCGCAGCCCUGUUUCUAGAUUUAGUCCCGUUGCACGAAGCGCAGAAGCCAGUGGUACUUGGUCAUGACGCCCUCCUCCAUGUCCUCACGCAGACAUGCGACCCAGGAGCCCGGCGUGCAUGCAGUCGUCAUGCCUGCUGUCCCUCUUGACAGCACCUUCUGCGUCCAGCGCUUUCCCACAUAGCUCUGCUCUGGUCCGGGAAUCCCACAUCCGUCCUCCAUAGGACGGCGUUCAGACUUCCCCCGCGACACACACACAGCUGUGAGGGGAGUGACAGGACCCGGUUCCAGUCCACGCUGACGGCAUCCCGCCGCAUGUCCCGCCUGCAGGGUUUCUGCUCUCACAGCGCGAAGAGCGCACCACGGCUGGCGUUUCACCGGUGCACAAGGUCGAGAAGGUAAUUUGGUGGAAACGUGCGUUCUGGGAGGGAGAGAAGUUGUGCGGACUCGAGGUCUCCAGUGUGCGUCUCCGCUCCCAGCCGUCUGUGGUGUCGCCUUCUCGUCAUCGAGUGUGUUUCUGAGAGGAAGUGACCCGGGCAGGUGGCUGUCCGGGGGGCGUGUCCGGGAGCAGCAGGAACGCGGACUGUUUCCUGAUUCGUCGACGAAACACAUUGAUGUGAUGCACCUGCACCUGCCAGGCCCUUCCCUGCGCUCCCCAGUCGCAGAGAGAAGAGGCCCACUCUGUGUCCUCCAGUCGCUCACAGUUCAGACAGAGAGACGAACAAAAAAAAAACCCGUUUUAUUGUAAUAUAGCCGCACCUGCCAUGAUGGAGCUAGACAGAGAGAGGAGAAUACGGGGUCACCUAAUGUAAUGGGGCAGGGGAAGCCGACCAAUAGGAGAUGAUAAGUUAAGGCGAUUCUUGAAGGACACGCAGGAGAUUUCUGGUAAAAAGAAAAGCAAGCCCGGCCGGUGUAGCUCAGUGGUUGAGCGCCUACCAAUGAACCAGAAGGUUACGGCUCAAUUCCCAGUCAGAGCACAUGCCCAGGUUGCGGGUUCGAUUCCCAGUAGGGGGUGUGCAGGAGGCAGCCGAUCCAUGAGUCUCUCUCAUCAUUGAUGUUUCUCUCUCUCCCUCUCCCUCU